AAUAACAAUAUAAAUAUAAAGGCCUCAUCCGUUUUCGCUCUGUUCGAUCUAGGGUUUCCGUCUCUCCUCGUCUCUCCUCCUCGUCUCGUGUCGUCUCGUCUUCUAUAGAGAGGGUUCCUAGGGUUAGGGUUUGGGAGGUCGGUCGCGAUGCCGAAGAACAAGGGGAAGGGAGGGAAGAACCGGAAGCGGGGGAAGAACGAGGCGGACGACGAGAAGCGGGAGCUGGUGUUCAAGGAGGACGGGCAGGAGUACGCGCAGGUGCUGCGGAUGCUGGGGAACGGGCGGUGCGAGGCGAUGUGCAUCGACGGGACGAAGCGGCUCUGCCACAUCCGCGGGAAGAUGCACAAGAAGGUCUGGAUCGCCGCCGGCGACAUCGUCCUCGUCGGCCUCCGCGACUACCAGGACGACAAGGCCGACGUCAUCCUCAAGUACAUGCCCGACGAGGCCCGCCUCCUCAAGGCCUACGGCGAGCUCCCCGAGACCACCCGCCUCAACGAGGGCAUCGCCGGCGGCCUCGACGAGGAGGACGACGGCGCCGCCGACGACUACGUCGAGUUCGAGGACGAGGACAUCGACAAGAUCUAGAUCCGAUGAUUCCUAUGGAUCAUCGGUAGGUACCAUCCCCAACUCCCAAACAGAGAAAACAAAAAUAUUUAAUCUUUUUCUUCUUCUUUUUCUUUUUUUGCUCUCUCCCUUUUUCUAAUAGUAUGUGAUAUUUGGAUCGUAUGUGAGCUUGUUUCCUGUUAUGGAGCAUUUAUGUGAGUUACUCGCACCUCUGCUGCUUAUAUGAAUGGUAUUACGAAUAUAAUGAUGUAGUAAUUCUGGUGGGGAUUGUAAUGGCUUUACAUAUAAUACCGUCAUAAUCGCUUUGUUAUUAUUAAGUGAAGAUGGAAUGUUGCCCAAGUUUGUUA